GGUUACUUGCUAUAUAGACUCCCUGAAACUAGAAAAUCAAGUUUAAGCUUAUUUAUUACUAGAUGUUUUAAUUUGGAUAUCUAUAUUCUUAGCCUUUCCGCUAUUAUUAACAAAUAUACCCUAAAGAGUCUAUUUACUAAGUUUCUAAGCCGCUAUAUUAUUCUUUUGGAAGAUAUUAAUGCUAUUAGUUCGAAAUGA